AUGGACACGGAUCUUGGAGGUAGGACCGAGCUAAGUGACAUCAUAGUUGGUGUUUGCAUGAUGUUCCUCUCGGUCGGCUGUGGAAUUGCUUACGGACUUAUAUUAUUGACAAUUUGGAGGGAUGGUGAACUGCUAAGGAUGACCUCAUACAAACUUAUGUUCGCGUUGGGAAUUUUUGAUGUUGUUCAAUGUUUUCCACAUUUUGUCACUGGAAUAUUUACCGUAUUCCAAUCAGUAUUUAGUCCUACGUUAGCGCAGGGUAUGGGCGUUUUGGCUACACCUGCAUAUGUCGCUUAUGCUGUGCUCACCGUAUUAUUAUCGUUUAAUAGACUUGUACAAAUUCAUUCACCUCAGUUAGAUGCAAAACUUUUCUCGAAGAAUGCUAUACGUUACUGGUUUGCUUUUGUGGGAAUAAUAUGGUUAACGUUUGCUGUUUUUCUAUCCUCACCAUGGGCUGCUAUUGUUUACUAUCCAGACCUGUAUUCCUGGGACUAUGAUUACACUCUGAAAUUUUCCUUCUACGUCCAGAAAGUUGAGAUGGUUAUUGAGCUUAGCACCAUCCUAUUAUCUGCCGUAUUCUACGUUCUUGUCGCUAUAACACUUUAUAGAACCCGAAAACGUUUUCUUGCACGUUCAAAUUCUCGAGCCGAAGUGAAGAUAUUGAUUCAAGCGUUCGUUAUCACUGCCUACUGUACCGUACUCAAUUUUCUAUGGCAUAACUCUCAGACGCUUCUUCCUGCAAAUAUUUGGUCUUAUAUGACGUUAAAUAUGAUGUGGAUUUUAAAUAGUGGUGUUUAUCCGCUUAUUUAUUUCAUUGUCAACAGAGCAAUCCGUGAACGAAUUGCCACCAGGAGAACAAACAUCACUGCUGUGUCGAUGUUAACGAGGGCGCCAAAAAAGAGCUCAGCUGAAGCGGAUGAUCCGUCGAAAUGUAAAAUCAUCCGAACACAUUUGAACGGAGACGUGAGGACCGGUAUGGCCCUGAAAAGUUUCCAAAAAUUGCAAUUUGUUAGCUAA